AUGGACCGGUGGUGCGGACGCAUCGCGGCGGUGACCGGCGCCGGCUCGGGCAUCGGCCUCGCCAUCGUCAAGGCGCUCUUCCGCUACGGCGUCACCGUCGUGGGUAUGGACGUCAAUCUCUGCAAGUUCAAGGACUUCGCUGAGAAAUGCGGCUCCUCCAACCUGCAUGCACUCCAGACGGAUGUCACCAAGGAGGAGGACGUCGUCAAGAACUUCUGCUGGGUCAACCAGAACAUGGGCAGGCUCGACAUCCUUGUCAACGGUGCCGGCGUUUUUACCGACAGGCCGCUCUCAGAACUUUUCUACAAAAUCGUGGCUAUGGGAAUGGAUAAGAUACCACUGCGUCGAGUAACAAUCAAUUCAACGCUGGAGUCAGUCACUUUAAUUGAUUCAGGUGAUAAUUAUGAUGGUGAUGUGCAGGUAAUUGAACCAGAGAUCCCCAUAUUUGAGCUGGCACCUUUCUUGUCUGUGAGCUUAUGGGGAAUGAUGCCAGUCAUCGAGCAAGUGAGCCCUGGCGUGGUGUACACGGAUCUCUUCAAUCAGCUGCAGCGCUUCAAGCCAGAACGCCUGUAUCAACACCCCCAUCUCAAGCCAGAGGAUAUCGCCAAUGCCGUCAUCUUCGCUCUCGGAGCACCGCCAACAGUGCAGGUCACAGAAAUGAUAGUAUUGCCUGUUGGACAGAAAAUGCUUGGCCAGAUGUGA